UUCUUCCUUCGGUGUUGGGUGCGCUCUGGAGAUAACCAAUCAGAUCAGCUCUAUCUCGGUCCGGAAGCUGUGUUGUUUACAUUUUCCAAGAUGGCGGCGGGAAUGUAUUUGGAGCAUUAUUUGGACAGCAUAGAAAACCUGCCCUUCGAGUUGCAGAGGAACUUUAAUUUGAUGAGGGAUCUAGAUCAACGCACAGAGGAUCUUAAAGGCCAGAUAGACUCUCUGGCUAAAGAAUACACUGCCAAUGCCCGGACUCUCUCCUCUGAGCAAAAGCUGUCCAUACUGAGGCAGAUCCAGCAGUCAUACAGUAAAUGCAAGGAGUUUGGAGAUGACAAGGUGCAGCUGGCCAUGCAGACCUAUGAAAUGGUGGAUAAACACAUCAGACGUCUGGACACGGAUCUGGCUCGGUUUGAGGCUGACCUGAAGGAAAAGCAAAUCGAGAGCACAGACUAUGAUUCCACCUCUAGUAAGGGGAAGAAAGGAGAUUCCAGGCAAAAGGAGAAGAAGGCAGCUAAAACGAGGUCUAAAGUGAAGAGUUCAGAUGAAGACAGCAGUCCUAAGAGUGCACAGAAGAAAGUGAAACUCCUUCAGCCAGGAGAAUUCAACAGCCCUUCUUCCAACUUUGGGAAUGUGCACCCAUCCGAUGUGCUGGAUAUGCCAGUGGACCCCAACGAGCCCACCUACUGCCUAUGUCAUCAGGUCUCCUAUGGCGAGAUGAUCGGCUGUGACAACACUGAUUGCUCCAUUGAGUGGUUCCAUUUCGCAUGUGUGGGGCUGACAACCAAACCGAGAGGCAAAUGGUACUGUCCACGGUGCUCUCAGGACAGAAAGAGGAAGUGAGAA